AUGACAGACCAAGGCCUCAACGAUAAGCUCGACCGGCUCCUAGCACUAUUGGAAGCCCAACUCGAGCUCACCAGGCAAGGCCAACGAGAAGAACAUCUUUGCCGUGCUCAUCUAAGCAGAGAAGAGAUGAUUGAGUUCUCACCAUCGGGAGAACAGGUAGGAGGUGAUGAAUCCAUGAUAGGAGAUCCUCAGACUCCUACACCAGCAUCGCGACCAAGACGAUCGGUCUCAUUCACUGCCGAAGAUGAGCAAGACGACAUUAAUUACGAAAAAUAUGCAUUGCCCACCAGGCCAAGGUACUACAAACCCAGGGAGGAUCCAUAUAGCAGGACUAGGACAGAACCUUAUGCCACAUACUUGGAGGAGGAUACUAGUGUAUUGGUGGACCUCUCUCGAUCAAAGCCAAUUGCCACACCCUUUCCUAAGUUUAACCCGCGAGAUGUGGAGAUAUUCAUUCUCGAAGCCGAAGCCUGGUUUAAGUUUAACCAGGUAUAUGAGCAAACAAGAAUGAUCAACCACAUGGGCUCUCAAUUGGAAGGGAAUGCAUGGGAGUGGUGGACCUCCAAGCUCCGAAUUGACAGGACUUGCUUGCUGGUUUCCUAUACACUGCUCCUUCUCCUUUGA